AAAACCACUAAUUCAAUUAGAUUAUCAUAAAUUUCUUUAUCUGGAAAUAAAAUUGAAGAUAUUGUAUAAGUGCGAAGAAUAGAGAAAGAAAAUGACUUCGCCUCAUAUUUUGCAUUAACAAGAAUAACAAAGAAAAUUUAGGGUAGAAAUUAAAAGAAUUUAAGAUUCAUUUAUAUAAAGUAAUGAUCCUUAGGCAUAAUUUAUCAAAAAAACUUAUACUAAACUCAAAUUGAUAAGAAAAUUAAGUAUUGCAAUAUUCAUGUUGAUGACUAUUUUUCAGAAACCUGUUUGGUGUAAUCGUAGAUAAUAUACUGUAAUUUUUGAGUUUUUAAUUAGAAUGAUUGCUAAUAAGAUUUGGAAUCAGGUUAUUAGAUACCAGCUUUUUUGAAAUUUUACAUACCUGUAUUACCAUAUUAUUUAAUUGAAAUAUUUCUAAUUUUAUUGAUGUUUUCAUUCAAGGCUGCAAAAUACUAUUAAUUCCUCAAUAUAUCUUUAUAAAGAAAAAUUGUGUUAUAUUGCUUUAUAAUAAUUGGUGUUUUAAUAAUCAUAAAUGAUAUCAUUGUAAUAAUAUUAGACAAUGAUUAUUCAUUUAACAUUUCUACUUUACUUAAACCAAUUUUCUUGAUCAUGUAUAGGUACUAAUAAAAUAUCUUAUAUUUUUAAGUUAAUAUUUUUUAGGGAUCAUUUUGGAUUAUGUAUAAAUUAUUUAGAGAGGAAAAGAGAUUUACUUUAUGAUGAUAUUUUCUUAUGUAUUUUUUGUUGGUUUGGGAACAGCAAUAUUUAGAAAUUAGUCAGAUAUGUCAGAUAUAUUGUAAGAUGAAGGUAUCUGCGAUUCCUCUGGCCUUCCAUUUAACUAAAAGACUUAUUGUACAUUUCUUAUUAUGUUUUAAUUAUUAACAACUGUCAAUUCACCAGACAUUUAUUUGCCAUAUUAUGGUAACAAAAGUGUCGCAAUAAUUUAUUUCUUUGCUUACCAAUUCAUAAACACAAUUUUAAUGAUAAAUCUCAUCCUUUCAUUAUUUUAUUCAUAAUAUAAGGAAUUAGUAGAAGAAAGAACUAAAUUACUACUUGAAAAAAAUCGAAAUAAAAUAUUAUAAUUUUCUAAUAAGGUAUUUAAAAAAUAAAAAUUAAGUUCAAUUAUUAGUGCGUUAUAUUACAAAUAAUAAUAACAAAAUAAUAAAACAAAUUAUCGGUUCAUGAUUUAAAGAAUUCUAGAUAAUUGGAUAUUUAACUCUAUUAUGCAAAUAUUGUGUUUUAUUGAUUUUUGUUUUAUUUUUCAGGAUAAUACUGAUAGAGAUAUUUAAAUUAUCAAUCUCAUUUUAAAUGCAGUGAUGCUAAUUGAAUCUAUUAUAAUUGCUAUAUUAAGAGAUUUAAAUAAAAUAUACAAAUAUCCAGGCGUAAUAUUUGAUUUUACAAUAUCUUUGAUUUUGGUGAUUCUAAUCAUUGCAAUUAUGUCACUUUUAAAAGACAGUUCUAUAUAAGAUAUAUUGAUUAGAAUAUGCUGUUCCGUAAUGAGUUUAAGACUUUUUAGAGGAUGCACUUGGUUAUUGAAAUCUCAAAAUUUUUUAAAUAUCUUAUUUAAAAUAUUUUCUAUAUCGACUUAUUUAUUAUAAUUAUUUGGAACCUUAAUCAUUACAAUAACUAUGUUUAAUGCUAUUGGAUAAUUAAUAUUUGGAGGAAAAAUUAAUUACAACAUUUAACAUAUCAAUAAUUAUUAAUGGGUUAAUUUUAAUGAUUUUUUAUCUGGAUUUUGUACUUGCUGGUUUUUAUUAAUUGUAAAUAAUUGGAAUGUGAUCUCAUAUGACUUUUCAUUAAGUCUGCAAAGUGAUAUUAUUUAUUUAUUUUUCAUCUUUUAUUACAUAAUAGUUGUUUUAUUAGUAUAAAGUGUUACUAUAGCAUUGUUAAUAGAAUACUUAGUUAAUCAUAUAAAAGAUUUAGGUUAAUUAUCAGAAGUUGAAAUAUAAUCUGAAAUCUAGCUUAGAGAAGAUUCUCAAAAUGAGUUAUAUGUACCAAAAUAAAAUGAUAAUCAAAAGGCUUAAUGA